AUGAUUUCGUUUAUUCUUCUGCUGACAGUUAUUCAGAAUCUCUCUUUCGCACACUCACCCCGAAAUUGUCACAUCAAGAAUGAAAUGCUCAAGCGGGUAAUGUCAUUUUCAGUGCUUUCUCCUCUCUCGAAGUAUGCAAACAAAUACAACAGAUACAAUAAACGCGGGCUUUUUGUCCGUGAGCGUAUUCAUCGCAUUUACGCCGAUCGUCUAAUCACGUUGACUACGGAGCGCGAUCAGGCACGCGAAGAGGUCAAUCGGCAAUUAGCAUUGAUCAGCCAAUUAAAGCAAGAUCAUGAGGAGGAACUCAAGCGUGUCAAACAGCGUACCUGGUGCCAAGUCUGUUUGAAUGAGGCGUUGUACCAUUGCUGUCUGGGCACCGCAUAUUGCUCAAAAACAUGCCAAUGGCAACACUGGGAAGCACAACACAGUCAAACAUGUCGUCGCCGAGCCGAGGCACAGUUGUUGCAACAGCAGCAGCAGCAGCAACAGCAACAAUCCACUCAGGCACUUCACAAGCGAUGA